AUGACAAAUAAUCUUGUUGUUCUGCACAUUACUCGCUUACCCAAAUAUUUUGGACCAUCUGAAUUGCGAAAAUACAUUGAGCAAUUCGGAAAAGUUCAUGAACUCUAUAUACCAAAGUCUAAAAAGACUGGUAAGUGGAAAGACAGUGCUUUCGUUCGAAUGUCUAAUGAGGCUGCUCCACUCGUAGCCUCAACGUUAAACAACUUGCUGCAAUUCAAUAAAAUAAUAAAAUGUGAAGUCUUAGCAGACAAUAAGCGACUAUUUCGAACAAGCAGAUACCUACGAAAUUCAACUCGUGCAUCACAUGAAGAAAACCAAACCAUAGCAACAAUAAAGCGUGUUACAGCCCUAAACGCCCGCAAAGGAAUGGAUUUUACCAAUAGUUCAGUAAGAAAAUCAUUACCCCAAGCUGUCCGAAGGCGUAAACAUAACUUCCAGAAACGAAUUGCAGCAAUUAAAAAGACCAACUUGAAUUUCAGAUUUCAUGAGACCGACCACUAA